AUGUCUACUGCGAUAAUGCACAGCACGUCACUAUACGAGUUUGGAGAGUUUCCACGAAAGAAUCAAACGAACUCCUCCCGCAGCAGCAGCAGCAACACACAGAUGGUGGCUGGGGGCGGUGGUGGUGGUGGCGGCAACACCGGAACCAACCACGUACUCAGUGGAUCAGCAGCAGCAGCAGCGAUCGGUGCUGCUUCCGGCGGGGGUUCCACUCUGCUGUCGCAGAGCUUCAACGUCGCUGCUGCCGUGAUGGUCGCAUCCAACAACAGUAACGCCACGGUCGGAGGUCUGAACAGUGGCGCCGGAAAUGGCGGUGACCGGGUGACGGCCCACAAGCAGCAACAUAGUGGUGGACUGGGCACGCACAGUGCCCUGCACCGCAGUGUGUCGCAGCCGUCCACCUUCACGAUGGACAACAUCUUCGAGCUGCUGAAGCUGGCCGAAGCACACACGACGACAGUGAAUGCGGCGAUGGCCAAUGCAAACGCUCUGACCACCGUCACGGGGGGCAGCUGCUCCAGCAGCAUCAGCAGCACCAGCAGUAGCAACAGCUCCAGCUCGAGCUCCUCGACCAGCAGCGGCAACAACAAGCACGCCCCGCAGAACACUUCCUCCUCCUCCGGUCAUCGGAAGUUGGAACGAACGCAAUCCGAACCGCUGCCGCAGCAAGUGAAUACAUCGAGAUACAAGACCGAACUGUGCCGACCGUAUGAGGAGGCCGGCGAGUGUAAGUACGGCGACAAGUGCCAGUUUGCGCACGGCCUGCACGAGCUGCGCAAUCUGCAGCGCCACCCGAAGUACAAGACGGAGCUGUGCCGCACGUUCCACAGCGUCGGCUUCUGUCCGUACGGCCCCCGGUGCCACUUCGUACACAACGCCGAGGAGGCGCGCAACCACAACCGCAACGUGGCCGCCUAUCACGCACGUAUGGCCGCGGCCGCUGCCGCUGCCGCCGCUACCACGGCAUCCAAGGGUGGACAGCAGCAGCAGCAGCAGCAGCAGCCGGGUCAGCAGCACGCCACCGGCGGCCUGAGUUCGGUGUCGGUCGCCCAACUGCAGACGGCUGCGGCGCUUCUCGCGCACCCGUCGCUGGCCGCUGCCCAUCAGCAGCUCAAUCAUCAUCAUCAACAGCAUCAUCAUCAUCAUAGCCAGCACCACCAUCAGCAGCAUCAUCAGCUACCCCUCAGCCCGGCCCUUUCGAUGUCGACCGGAUCGGAUCGCGCCUCGCCGAUCGGUUCGCUGUCGCUCAGCCCGACCACAUCGAUGGCCAGCUUCUUCCCCGAGGCCGGAAGUCCUACGUUCCCGCACCAAACGGUUGCCGCUGCCCACCAACCGGCGGUGGGGGCUUUUAACUUCCCGGCCAGCCCGCCGGCCAGUCCGAUCGAUGGUGGCCUCUCGCCGAUGGCGACGCCACCGCCGUCGUCGCCCUCGCUGCUGGUGUCGUCGAUGAAGCUGAGCGGACUCGAGGAGCGGCUGCCCGUCUUCAAUCGGCUCAGCUCCGCCGUCGACGCGUUCACCAACCUGGCCCUGUAA